GGUGACAGAGAUGGCAAGAACGGCGCCGCAUGUCGUCUUGGUUUCUCUUUGUUUACUUGUCUUCUCUGCUGCUUCACUGGCUAACGAAUCGCCUGGAAACAUGCUCAUUUCUACAAACCAGUCGAUGGCAAUGCGUGUUAGUGCAGAGGAUCUUGUUUUUCGCCGGAAACGCAGUUUUCCUUUGGAGCUUUCCGGCCCAGCCGAAGAAACAGGCUACUACAAUUUGAGCGGCAAUCCGUCUUUCUUUGGUCUCAUCUUUGGCCACUUGGUGUUGAGAGAUAGCGGAGGAAGGACUCUCGACGGUUACAAGUGCGAAGGCUUACUGAUUGGGCCUAAACACGUUCUCACGGUAUUUCCGGAGUGCGUGCCAAACAACUGCAGUUCCAACAGUACAUCUGACUCUCCAUGUCGGAAAGGCCUAGCACCCGACAAUGUCGUCGUCUACCAAUAUACCAAGAUUAUGCCCACGCGCAGUCAAAGGGUUGAGGUAAACGUGCAGUCUAUGUGGCGUACUGCAACAUUCAAUUACCUAGUUGCUCUUUUGGCUGACGAUCAAAUCCUUCUGGAAAUGGAUGAAGACAAAUUUCCUGUUUUGUCGUGGACUAAACAGAACGACCCCUGCAACUAUGAUUUGUUUCUAGAAAGAGCAGUCGACUACCCAGUUCUGCUUUCGACCCCAACAGCUACUCAGGAUUUGACUAACGGCACGUUCAAUCUGGAGCUGAAAAGACUUCUUAUAGACUGCUUUUACGAGAGAGAUCCCCACAGGAUAUCCUUACGGAACGACCAGUACAAUCCUAAUGCUGUGGUGGAGACAAAACCCUUGAAUGGUGCAUCGUUCUUCAAACCAUCAAGUGGCACUGUAGCUCUCUUUGGAUUGAUAUCGGACAAGAUGGUGAAACAGUGUGAGGGCAGAGCAGUCGCAAAAUUGGUAGGAAGAAAGAGAUCAAGAGGUCACGUGGGUGACAUCUUCUUUUGUGCUGAUCGCAUGGGGUGGGAAGAUGUUCUUGAUAUUUAUCAGAUUGGAUUAGCAGUUGACAACAGAAUGCCAAGAGACAACGGCAACGUGUUUCCUAGAUUUCCAACAGAGAUGGCAUCUUGGAAUAUGCAGUCGCUGGCAAAUAUGGAUGAAACUAGAGCACUUUCGACGAAAAUUUACGAUAGUGUGCUCAACAUAUUAAAAAGGACUCAGAUAUUAGCUCUUCAAGAAGUGAGUGGAUUCGAAGCGAGAUACAAGGGAAAGUCUAAUCCUCGCAACAGUUUGCAACUUUUACAAACACAAACAAAUAUAGGAUACAGAGCCAGCGGUGAAUUUGCUUUCAUCUAUGACGAAACGAGAGUCCAACUUGCUUCAAUACAAAGCCCUCAAUGUGGUAUACUGGAAGAGAAACGCGUAAAGCACAAAUACGCUUAUUGGUGCAAAUUCCAGUUUGUGGGAAUGAGGGAGUGUUUCACUAUGUAUACCGCUCAUUUUCGGUACAGUGGUAGAGACGCUGCAGCGAGAGCCUUAGAGUUUGAACACUUUAGCAACCACUCUAGAGUCGUGCAAAGAAGCGGUGCUGAAACGUGUAGUAGAAUUCAAAUUCUCGCUGGCGACUUUAAUCUUCAAAGUGCGAAAGAAACAAUGAAGGUUGCAUCCAACUUUAUUGAUUUUAGAUUUUUGGACGCUGGGCCUACAACAGUUGCCAAGGCAGUGUCUCAUUACGAUCGUAUCCUCGUUAGUGAGACCCUCCGUAUACCUCAUCACUACAUAUUUCCCGGUUUGAAGACUGGAAGAGGGCCUACUGUGUCUGAAGAACUGUUUCUACCCUACAAGCAGACGUUCCUUCCGCGAGAUAAUCCAUUACUUCCUACAUUGCGUCAAUACGAGCCUGUUGUUCGUUCUUAUCAGCUCAGUGAUCAUCUACCAGUGCAGAUUCGGUGGGAGGGACUCUUGAAUAUUGGAACGUGGAAUAUGGAGAAUCACAAGCCGGCCACUAGUUCGGUGCUGGUGAACGCGUACACCAAGGUCUUAUCACUCUUUAGCGUCUUGGCAGUUCAAGAGUUGUUGGCUGCUCCAACACCUAAUAUGUAUAACAAAUCGUGGACUUUUUCGCCUGUUUUACGUCGUGAGCGACUAGGAUUCGCUUACAACAGCAACGACGUUACUCUAACAAGAUGCAGUGUUCUUACGUUUCCAGUAGAUUACAGACAAAGACCAGCGUACGCGUGUAUCUUCAGAGAAGUAAAAACAGAGAAGGUCCUGGCCAUUGUUAAUUUGCACCUUCUGAAUCAACCCAGACCGUCGAUCAAAUACGUUAACAAAGUUAUUAACUACAUUCGGAAUAUUACUGUAAAUCAUAAUGGCAGCACUCCUGAGGCACGACAGGAAUGGAAAAAUGCAUAUAUUAUGGGAGACUUUAAUCUUUACCGUCUGAAAAGCAAAUGGAAUAAAGCUUUCUAUAAUGGUGUGAAGUGCAAUCACACGAAAUCGUUACCGGGGGAUCCUGCCGCGCCUUGGACAUUCACUCGCGUUCUUAGUAAGCUCACAUUAGACUACAUCUACACGCCAGAGCUCGCUGACAAAGACAUGAAAGAGAACAAUGUACCUGGAAGUCCUACGUGUCGAGUCAUCAAUCCAGAGUUGGAGGAAGCUAACGGAGAGUACCUUUUGCCGGAUUCCGUUCCUAAAACUAUUUACAGUUUUAUCAGUUCGUGGAAAGAAUUGUCUGACCAUUAUCCGGUAUUCAUGAAAUUCGUACCGCCAACGGAGCCACCUGGGAAUAAUGAUGCUAAACGAAAGUUUCUCGGGGUCUCGAAGGAGUGGCCCUAAGACAUCAGCUAGUGUUAACUAUUUUGGGUGAGCAGACACGGCAAUACUACUACAGACUAUUUCAUUUCACCAGUUCGUGUGUAAUAAUUUAGGUACAUGAUUGCUUUAGUUCAUGUGUUGCUAACUUGGUUUUAUAGUUGCUGCAUGUACUCUAGGAUUGUCUAUGCUUAUUUAGUAGCAACUGUAUGGUAGUAAAGCUGCAGUUAGAGUGACUGAUAGAGCUACUGAGGUUUCAGCUAGAAACUUCCUUAACUACUCGUGUCUAUGAUGUUGUUAGUGAUCUUGAAGUUGUGCAAUCAUUUAUAUAUAAUAAUCAUUAACCG